AUGUCGAGAAUUGGACUGUUUGGGCAAAUUUCUGAGGUUACUGAUCAUUUAUUUCUUUCUGGAGCCGGUGUUUUAAAACUUGAAAAAUUACGUCAAAAGAAAAUUUCAUGUAUUGUCAAUGCAACUGUUGAAGAACCAUCUACUCAUAUUCCAGGGGUUGACUACUUGAGGAUCUCAAUAGAAGAUAGUCCCUAUGCAAAAAUUGAUCAAUAUUUUGAUAUUGUUGCAGACAAAAUCAAAGCAAUAAAGGAUAGGGGUGGUCGAACUUUAGUGCACUGUGUAGCUGGGGUAUCUCGGUCUGCUACGUUAUGCAUGAUAUAUCUCGUAAAGCAUGAACGGAUGACAUUACGUCAAGCGUAUCACUUUGUUAAGUCAGCUCGACCGGUUGUGAAACCUAACGUAGGCUUUUGGAGGCAAAUGAUUGAGUACGAACGUAAAUUGAAAGGUUCCAGUUCGGUGCAAAUGAUUGAAACAAAUCAAGAUGGUAUGGCACUUCCAGAUGUGUACUGUUCAGAGCUGAAACGUCGAUUAAUUCAAAAUCAUUCGUUACCAAAAAGUACUUGCCGAAAUAUCACAAUAACACAACUUCCUUUCAAAUAUUCACAGACAUCGACUUUUGGUCGUCCAAUAAGUUCGUCUUAUCGGCGAUCCACGUCACCCGCCAUUAUACCAUCACUUUUCUCGCUUCCAUCACGACAACAUUCGCCAUUCUCAAUGCUAACAUCAACGCUUGCUCGACGACGAAGCAAUGAUUUGUUUGAUUCUUAUCAUUCAAGCUUUUCCACAUUCUAG